ACAGUCCGCCAUAUCCCAUCCCCAAACGAAGCUUGAAGAUUUUCAUGUUCAUCUUGCCCUCACAAGCUCAAGGUUCCAAAGCGUCGUCCUCUCGCGCUCUCCCUCAAAACCCUAAUUCCAAUCAUGGCAACCAUCUCCAAUCCUCUCCUCCUAUCUCCUUCGGAUCUCUCCACAUCUCUGAUCCUCCCUCUCCCUUGUCUCUCUCCACUUCCCCUCCAGGCACCUUGGCUUCCGAUGCACAGGUUUCAGCUGAAUCCUCCAAAGAGGAUCAGUUGAGAGAAGUAGACACGCCAAGUGUUAAGAGAACUUCAGUACACAGAAACAGGAGGACUAAUUCUCAUCCUAGAGGGAAAAUGUCCGAAGACAUGAUUUCUACUCAAAAUCAUCAAUCCACUGUGGCUCAUGGGGGUGCUACUUAUUCGGGAGGAAAAAGAACUCAGAUGACAAAUUUUAACCACUUGCUGAAUUUCCAUUACGACCCUAUUGUUCGCUCUCGUCCACAACCACGGGGACCUCCUCCAAGAAGGCAGCGAAAGAUUAAGCCUUAUAAUAAAGAUUUAUUCAUUCAGGCAAAUUUCAAGUUCGUUGUGUUGGAUACUGGACAUUACACUCCUGAAUUGAUGGAUCCAGAUAAGAAUUUGCUGUGGGAGGAUAUUAUUUGCGUGAGGUAUUCCACUCCAUUUCCAGUGCAAUGCCCAAUUUGUUUGGAACAUCCUCAAUGCCCACAAAUAACGUCAUGCGGUCAUAUUUUUUGCUUCCCAUGUAUUCUGCAAUACUUGUUCAUGGGCGAGGAUGAUCAGAAACGGGAGUGCUUCAAAAGGUGCCCUUUAUGUUUUCUAAUGGUAUCCCAGAAGGAUCUGUACACCAUCUAUAUUGAGAAUGUUAGACAAUAUUGUGUCGGCGAUACCAUAGAGUUUAUGCUUCUUACACGAGAAAAAGAUUCAUUUGUUCCAUCUCAGAAAAGUAAAAAUGAGACAAACUACACGCAGUGUGGUGAAAAUGAAAUAUAUGAUCCCUUUUCAAAGUUUAUAUUUACUUCAGAUGUUGAUCUGUCUGUCAGACAAGCUAUGUCAGAUUUAGACAGCUGGCUGGCCAGAGCAGAUUCAGGGCUUGUUGAUGAUUUGGAGAAGCUUCCAUAUGUUUGUGCUGCGAUGGAACAAUUAGAACAGAGGAAGAAGUAUUGGAAGGAGCACCGAGCCACUGAUAGAAAUAAAGCUCGUAUAACUACUGUUUGUAAGGUGGAGUCUGAUAGAGUAUCUUUAAAUGCUUCCAGCGCUAAUGGUAAUAUACAUAGUUCUGGAGGGAGAAAAUUAUCUUCUGAGGCUGAUGAGCACAAUAAGUGUAUCUUUAACUCAAAAACAGACACCUCAAAUGGAGGGAGUGGUUUGGAUCAUAGUGCUGUUGUAGGUGAAUCUCUAGAAGCCGAAGACUCUUCUUUAUCUUUAUCAAAUGAAGAAAGCAAGAACUUGCUAGAGUACUUAGAUGGCUCCAAAGACACAAAGGACAACGGCUCUUACAAUUUCUACCAGGCAUUGGAUGGGCAGCACAUCAUUCUCCAUCCUUUAAACGUGAAGUGUCUCCUACACCAUUAUGGAAGCUAUGAUUCAUUUCCACACAGAGUAAGUGGAAGGAUUUUAGAGUUGGAAACUGUCACUCAGUCUGAGGCAGUGAGGAGGCGUUAUCGUUACUUAAGUCAUUUUUCCUUGACAACAACCUUUCAGCUCUGUGAAAUUGAUUUGAGUGGCAUUCUUCCACCUGAUGCUUUGCUUCCAUUUAUGGAUGAAAUCAAGAGGCGUGAAAAACAGAGGAAGCAGCUGGCUAGAAAGGAACAAAAGGAGAAAAUCAAGGCUGAAGUUGCUGCAACAGUGCAGUUUACGCCCAUGAUAUCUAGUUCCGGACACUCCUCUUACAAUGAUUCCCCUUCUUUCUCUAUGGAUGACUUUGAAGCUCUUGGAAGUUCUAAUGUGAUAUCAAGUUCCCCUGUGACGGGCGAGAGAAAACUGUUUUCAAAUGUUACGAGGCUUGGUUUUGCUGCUGCACAUGAUUCUCCUUCAUUGAAAAUUGAGGAAGGAAACGGUACACAUUACAAUGGGGUGGCAACUGAUUCCUCAGGUUCAGCUGGCUCAAGAAAUUCAGGCACACCUUCAUUUGCCAAUGUGAUAUCAAGAGCAAAGGCUGCUGAAAAUUUGCAGACGCCUAAGAUGAAUGAAAUGGGGAAGAAAGGAAAGAAAGGAGGCCGGGUCCUUUUGUCCACGACUAGUGGUCGACGCUAUUGAUAUCUUGGACUCGACUCAAAUUUGUUUGGCCUUCAUAACCAAGGGGAAUAACUUUGUUUGGUCUUUUUUUUUUAAUCUCAUCUUUGUGAAUUAACCUGACUGGCUUUAGGUGAUAUUGGAAGAUUAAAACGUAAACUAGCAUUAUAA